AUGGAGAACCUACAAGACAUUUACUACGUGUACAAGGAAAAUUCAGAUAUCUGCGACCUGAUCAUUAAGAGAUACAAUGAAAAUAUUUAUUUGAGCAUAUUUAACAACAUGCUGAUCAUGAUCAACCCACAUGAGUACGUGCACGCCUUUUACAAACUGUUGUUCAAAACGAAGAACAAAAAUAAUGAUAUAUUUAGUUCGUUCAUUAACUAUACAUUACAGAAGAAGCUGAGGAAAGUUAACACCGAACUCGAGUCACAGGAAAAUUCGGAUGUCGCUUCUGAUGGCAAUUAUGGGGAAGAUGGCAAAAAUGUGUUCAGCUAUUUGUGGAACAAAAGGAUCAAUCUGAGCAAAAGCAACACGUUCCAUUUUCACAAGUUUAAGAGGAGGAAAAAGAACUUAAACGAAUUGAAGACGGAAUUAUAUGUCAGAAGCAACGAUGAAAUGGCGCAAGUGCACAAGGAUAUUUUGGGAAAUUCUAGAAUAGAUUUUAACGAGCUGUUCAACAUUAAGACCCACCCGCGGCGCGCUUCUGUGGACGGUUAUGACAGUGACUCCCUCGCAGGUUCUAUGCGCAGUUCGAUUAGUUAUUCGCAUGGAGGUUCUGCCGGGGGCACAUUUAUCGCCACGGUGGGGGGAAAUUCAAAUGGAAUUGCAAAUGAUGCUGUUAGCGGUAUAGGUAAGGGGUUCCUUGGGGGGCCCAGGACCGAUCGCCUAGAUGAGGGCAGUGUCGCUACCUCCAACUCGGGACAAAGCUUCGUACACAGAAGUAGUAGCUACCAACAAAGGAGCGUGUCCAAGAGGUCCAAUCACUCCAGUAGAUAUAACAACUUGGUUAAUUCCAAGGAUCCACAGCUCAGCACAUCAAAUCAUGGAAACAAAUUAAUCUUCAUAUGUGGAGAAAAAAACAGCAACCAGAAUGUAGUAAGUACUUAUGUAUUCAAGCAUAUAAUAAAGAAGGGAAAAAACAAAGAAUUGUAUCAUGCAUACAAAAACGUUAUGAAUGUGCUUAACUUAUUUUUUAAUUACAAAUGCUACAACUUUGUCAUACAUUUCAGCAGCAAGAACAAACUGCUAUAUUUCAAUGUCCUCCCGUGUUUUUUAAGUGACCAAAAUAAUGUGACAAAUAUUUGCACCAAAAUGGGAAGCUUCUUGGAGCGCCUGAAUUGGGCAGAUAAGCAGGGCAAAAAGGGGGGCGCUAAAAUUAGCCACGCACAUGUCCGGGACGAUCAUCACAAAAUGGAUCACUCCGGAUGUAGCGGCGAUGGGGGCAGCAAAUCAGGACCAGGGGAACAAAGCUCUUCCAACAAAUAUGAACACAGAAAAAAGAAGAAGAAGAAGAAGAAGAAAAAAAAAAAAAAGGCAACAAGAGGGGGAGAAUUACACGCAAGUUCGAAUAACGACUCCGAUAGCACCGUUGCACAGCACACAGAGCACCACGAACAGCGACACUCAAAGAAAAAAGGAAACCAAAACGAAAUUUUUAAUAUACCCUACAUAUUCUUCUUCCUUCUUGGCAGCACCCUGUUGGAUACCUCGAAUAAAUACUACAAGCAUUUAAAAUUGCACCCACUUGAUAUAAAAAAAAUUUAUAAGAAUUAUGUAGACGCCCCUGCCGACAUAGAAAUAAAGGAAACCGACAUAAGCAAAACGUUUGAUUAUUUCCUAGAACUAGGCUUCACACAAGAAGAGAUCCUUUCAAUGAUUAGAUUAAACUUUGCACUAAUAUUUAUCAAUAUAUAUAUCACCAUAAGAACAUGCUUGCACAAAAAUGAGGAAGAAACACUGAACUUCCUACAUCUGCAGCUGAUUAAUGUGCAGGACUAUAAAAAAUUAGUAAUGUCAAACGCCAUGAACAAGCAGGGGGAAAAAGACUCAUCGGAUUAUUCAAAUCAGAAUUGUUCAAAUUUUUUAAAUUGUACAAAUGAAAAAUAUAUGAGCAGUGAUUUUAGCUCCUAUACGGAUGAAGAAAAAAGCGUAAGUUGCAUUAGGCAGAUUUUGCAGAAUGGGUGUGCUCAAGAAAAGGCAACGAGAGUGCGCAGAUGCAAGAGUAGCAAGAUGUGUAACCCCUUUGAUCGGAAGUUGGAUAUGGACUUCAGAAAUAGCAGCCAUCUAAAAAUCGGCAGGGAUGACAACGCAGCAUCGAGCGGGGGGGAAACAAGUGAUAAAUCCAAUAUGCAUGAAAAUCACAUGUACACAAAUGAGAAUACAACAAGUGGACAGAGAAAGAAAAAAUUCACUUAUUUCAUAGUGUUCGCAGGACAUAUAAUGGAGGAAUACAUUGCUUUCUUACUAGGUGUAGAUUUAAAGGCGAUGAUGAAAAUUUUAAAUAGUCAGAUAAAGCUAAAAAAUUUAUGUUCCACCAUAUUUUUCAGAUUAAAAAUUAGGAUAAUAAAACAAAUUAAUGAGUACCUUAGAACAUACUUCCUUAAUGAGACCGUUGCCCAUUCCUUGUAUGUGUAUAGCAAUACUGGGCUGAGUGCAAACGUCUCAGAAGAAAACAAAAAUGAGAAUGGACAAAAAAAAUACAACAACUUAUCCCAACUUAUUAACAACCUAUAUAACGAAAUACUGCACCAUCACUAUUUGAAAAUGUCCAUGUUCAACAUGGAUAGCUAUCUCGUGCAUACAAUAAAAGCAUUAAACGAAUCGAGGGAAGAAAACGAUAACUACGAUUGUGCCAUAGGAAGCACUUUGGAGAAGUACAGACGAUUGACUGAUCACAUUUGUAGAGGUAGCAUAAUCAGUUCCUACGUUUCUCAAUUUGGAAAAGAUCCCAUAUCACAUUUGCUACAAAAAUAUACAUACAAGUUUUUACACACCUUGGAAAAUGGCCAAGAGAUAAAAGGCAUAAGACCAUCAGUCGUCAUAAAAGCAGAGUAUUACAAAAUGGUGUACUUAUACUUUGCAGAAGUUUCACGUGCUGUGAAGAGCCUUACUGAAGGGGUGCAUUCCAGAAGGAUUUGUGAUGAAGCAGAUAGCGGCAAUAGUAAUGAUAGGCUCGAAUGUAGUGGCAGGCGCGAUCGUCGUAUCCCCCCCGUAGGAACCAUCCAUUACAAGGAGGAUGAGCGCAGAAAGAGAGAAAUAAAAUUGACUGAUGAAGAGUAUGUAGAAAAAAUGCUACUAAGGCUGAUGGAAGAAAUCGCUAACGGUGAUAAGGAAUGUCAUGUAAGUGGAGGCAAUCUUGCAGGAAGAAAGAGAAAACAAAAAUUUUCCAUAGUGCACUACAACGACGAAACGGUUACGUACCGAUGCAAUAACAUGAUUCUGGAUAAUGCCAAUGAUUUGUGUGCACUAGAUGACACUAUACAAAUCAUAGAAAAGAGUGAAAUUAAAUUUUUAAGAAAAAUAUUUUUCCAAAAUUCGUUUCCGCUAAAAAAUUAUAAGAGCAACUUUUUAUACGACGAAAUUUGUUUUUUUUCCAGUGUUAUAAAAAAUACAUAUGAAAAAUUCUUCGUGCUCGUUUUAAAUGAGAGGGAAAGAACAAGACAAGAUACAUUUAUAGUGCCCAAGUACAUGACCAAAUAUGCCAGGGGCAAUGGCAGAAGUGUGAGUGUAUAUUAUGGUGGCAGAACAUCUCGCAGCAGCAGCAGCAGUAGUAGUUUUAGUAGUAGGCACCAAAGUAAUAUCUUCCGGGGGGAUGUUUUUUCCCCACCAUCUGCAAAUAGGCCAUUUUUUAGUGGCAUGACAAGGUCAAGCAGAAAAUUUUUUCUCAAUUCUGCUACCAUGUCAGCGGAAGAGUUCACCGAUUUUUCUGAACUGAAAAAAAAAAUAAACAAGGAACAUAUCAAAAAUGUUAUCGAUAUGCUAAAUUUGAAACGAAUUUUUAACAACCAAUUGAAGUACCUGUAUCAUAGUUUGACUUGUCUAGACUUUAUUAAGAAGUAUUUGCUAUUCUGUAUACACGUCAGCAGGGAUAGGGACUUGAUUAAGCUCGUCAAUUAUUACGAGCUCAGGUGGAAGAAGAAGAGAGAGAAUAGCUGUGUCAGAGGUACAGGGAGGUCUGAACAGGGGAACGAACACGAAGACAUGGAAGUUCAUACUAAUAUGCGUGAGAGCGUUCGAGAAGGUGCAAAUGGGGAUGGAAGUGUUAAAGGAAGUGCUAAUGGAAAUGACGCCUCUAGCGAGGAUGGGGACUCUGCCCACACCUCAAAUGGGAAUGCUGUAAUUAAUCCAACGGGGAAACCCCCUUCCAAUGCAAGUGGCAACACCUAUUCUAACCAAAGUGGGAAUGACGCUCAUAGUUCUAGCGAAAAUGCCGUACCCAACACAAGUGCAAGCACUAAGGGAAACCUGAUAGGAGGAAGUGCAUUGACGCAGAAAGGGAAUAGUCCACGAAGCCAUGUAACGAAAAAGAAAGGAACCCCAGAACACAUACAAAAUUUCAACUACCUAAACGGCCUGAAUGUUCAGGAAAAAAAAGACUUGUGCGAAAUAAUUUUAUACAACUUUAACAUAUCAAAAAACACAUUUUAUUUCCGGGAUUUUAUUUUCAUAAGUAAAUAUGUUUACUUUAUAUUAGAGAAUUUGAGAGCCAAGUAUGUAAAAUCUAUAGUGCCUUACGUCCGGAAAAUUGAGAAUUGCUACUUGUCUUACAAAAAUAGGAAAAUAAAAUUCUUCCUUAGAGACAAAAUUGUUGUCAUCCAAAACUACAUGAGGAGGUUCCUAUUUCACCAAAGGAUGAAAACAAUGGAGAGAAGGAAAAAUUUAUUGGUAUCAUUUAUAAUAUUUUAUAGUUACAUUGUAAAAAACAAAGACUUUGACGAAACAAAGGAAACGUUGGAGUUGUGCAAGGAGAAUUUCAUGAAGAAUGAAAAAAAACUAAUUCGACAUGCAGCCAGUGUAUAUAUACAAUCCUGGUAUAGAAAAAUAAGCCAACAAAGAAAAUAUAGAGAAUUAAAAAGGGAACAGUUUCAAAAAAAGAUGAUAGAAAAUAUUAACAGCGCCAUUAAAACCUAUCUCGUUCAGGUUAAAAUUGUAAAAAAUUUAAAUGAAACAAUUAUCCCUAACAAAUCUGCCGCUUUAAUUCAAUCCUACUUUAGAAGAUACAUGUGUCUUACAAAUUUCCAGAAAAAACUAUUUUUAAAAAUAUGCUUCUUAUCUAUUAAGAGAAAGUACUUGUCUUAUUCUAAUGUCCUAACUAAGGUCAAUUACCAUUACUUGAUAAAAAAUAUAUACAGUAGAAAUAUCAUUCAAAGUCAAUUUAAAAUUCCUGAAGCGGUGAUUAAAAUUCAGAGUAACUACAAGGGGUAUGUUGUAAGGAAGCAAUUCAACAUGCUGAUAAAUGCCAUAUACUUCACGCAGGCUUACAUACAUACAUGCAUAGAAAGAAUCAGAUAUAAUAAAAUGAAGAGAAGUAUAAUUCUAAUUCAAAGAUGGUGGAAAAAUUUUUAUAGAUUAAAAACAAUCUUUUCACAAGCACAUUUUAACAUGUACAGCAGUGAAUAUGACAAGAACAAGUAUUACUUUUUACAAAAAAACAAUUUCCCAUUUUACAAAUAUUAUAUUUUGAAGGAGAGAAAAGCUCUGAAACUUUUGACCUAUCACAUUUUAUUAAAACAAUGGUACUUUUUUUACUUUAAGAAAUUUCAAAAGAAAAAUCAUCACUUUAAUAUUGUGUUUAAUUUAAAAAUGUAUAAAAAUGUCUCCUAUCAUUAUACCCUUCCGUGGGCAUACAAAAUUAACAGCAUUUUAAAAAUAAUUCACAUGAAACAAAUGUUUCAGAAAUGCACUAAUAAUAGUCAGAAUACCAUUUUUAACAUUCCCGUUUUUGGUUCCAUACAAAUAUUCGUUGGGAGAACCCACACCAUCCUGCUAAUAAGCCAAAGUGUUAUCAGUGAGCCUGUUGAUGAUUCCCAAGACGGGUUCACGACCUCCAUGCGGAAGAGUAACACUUAUGGGGAUCGGAAGAACUACUACGCCAAGUUUGUGUACAGCUUGGGUUCGAAUGACUACGGACAACUUGGCUAUUACAACUUAUUUGAGAAAAAUUUUAUCUACCACACGAACGACGUUGCUAGGGAGUCCCGGUGUGCAGUGAAAGGCAUACAGAACAGUGUAGAGGGCAGCAUCACGAGCAGCAUGACUAACAACACAAUGGGAAACCUAGCAAACGUAGUCGUGAACGAUCAGGCGAAUCAACUCCCUCCACCGUGUUGGAAUAAAAAUCAGCCAAAAGGUAAACGCCAAGAAGGAAAAUCCUUGCCCCGGGAAAGGAGCAAAGACAUGAUGAACUUCUCAGAUCAUAGUCGAAGAAGAUGUAGCUCCACCAUGGAUACCACAAGAAGGGAAAGUACCUUGAGUAGUGUGGGAUCCCAUCCAGAAGACAACAAAACCAGCGUUUCUCACCUGAAAAGAAAUUCGAGUCAUACCCAAAGCGGAAAAGGCAACGGUGCACCGCACCAAGAGGAGAAAAAAAAAGAGAAAAAGUACACAGAGAACAGUUUAUGCAGCAAGUAUAAGAAAAAUAUCCAACAUUUAAUUUUCGAGCACACACGUAAAUUCACAAUUGAUACAAACCUUUUUUCGAGCACCCAUGGAGGGGAGUCCAUGCAUGACAUUGUAGAUUACCAAAUAAUAGAUAAAAAAAAUGCUAAGGGGGAAAAUGAAAAAAUCGUGGAAUUCACCAAGGUGGUAAGUGAAACAAAUAAAAUUGCCAAUAUUAGUUGUGGGUCUGAACAUACAUUAGCUCUAUCAGAAAAUGGAAAUGUAUAUUCCUGGGGAAGUAACUUAUUUGGACAAUGUGGGCAAAAAUAUGAAAGGAGUAUAAUAAGAUAUCCUAAAAUAAUAAAACAUUUUUUAAAAAACAAAAUUAAGAUUAAGAAUAUCAGCUGUGCAUCCUAUCAUAGUGGGUACAUUUGUAGAAAGGGUGAUCUCUACAUGAGUGGAAAUUUCUUUUUUAUCAACUUGAAAUAUUUUCACCAGAAUAUAUACGAACCGGUGCUUUUAAUAUCUGAGUGUCACACAAUUCUGUGUAAUGACAGCUACAAUGUGUGCCUAAGGAGCGAUAAAAGUUCUUUGUACAUUUGGGGCAAUAAUUACAAGUGCAUCUUAGGGUUAAAUAAAAACAAGUUAAGAAAUCUCGAUGAAAUAUCAAUAUACCCGUUGACUUGCCUUUCGCCAAACAUUAGUGUAAUCAAAAUUGCAUGUUCGGAUAAUUUUGUCUGCUUGAUUGCAAAGCCUGGAAAUACUAAACAUUCAAUAUACAUGUGGGGACAAUUUGCGCUUAUCGAAAAAAAAGAAGAAACCUCCUCCCCCGUAGUCAGCCACACGUUGAACGUUUUUAACAAAUUCAGGAUUAAACCUAAAAUGAACAAUUUGCGAAGCCCCGAUGAGGGGAAUGAAAAUAGCGGUGGCGACGCCGCCGUCUCACGGGGGAAAAUAAUAUUCAUUGCGAACCCCUCCCCAGUUCACGACCCCCUGUGGGAUGCUGUGGAGGCGAUUGAUGUGUGCUGCGACUUGGACGAAAUUCUGGUCCUAAUGAACAACCUCUGCUUGUACGGAUUCAGCGCAGUCGAAAUUGUCAGCAGUGGUGAUAAAAAAGAGAAAAAGAAGGAAACGAAUUUAUCUUACUCCUACUAUGGAAGAAGACAGAUGGAACAAAAAAAGGAAAAAAAAAGCAUCUACGAAGAACCAGAAAUUUACGAUAAUAUAAAACUUUUAAACCCAUCCCUCUACAUGUUUAAAUAUUUCAAGCCGUCCUACUUCAACAUAAAGAAAAUUACUUGCAGUUACAAUAGGAACAGCUUAUCAAUUAUGAAUGCAGCAAUGGGCGAGUACGAAAUUCCCACUGUUGUCAAAAAAACGGAAUUCAUCACACCCUCGGGUGAUGUUAUGCAAUUCCCGGAAAAAAUACGAGAAGCCAUAUUAGCCAACGCGAAAAGGGAGUCCAACAAAUGGAUUAAGUCAACGGAUGAUCCCUACAUAAACCAUUUCCUAAUAAAAAAUUCAAGCGACUCGGACAGUGUUAAUUGA